AUGCGAAUACAAUAUCUUUUAGCGACUUUAAUUCUCCUCAGCUGUUCGUGUAGAAAGCGAAUAGUUGAUGGAAAAGCAAUAGCCGACGUCGUUCAACCAACACCGUCUCAAACUGGACCAGCAAUUAAACAAACCGAAGCGGAACAAUCUGACAAACAACCGCUUCUCACGAAAGCGGAACCAACUAUUGACAAAGAUGCACCGAAAGGACAGCCACUAGGAGAACCAGCACUGCAACCCACGCAGGCUGAAUAUGUGAAACAACCCUCUCAACAACCUUCACCUUCAACCGAAGACGAAUCGCCUCAACAAAAAGCCCAAUCAGUCAAAAAACCCGGCCCAGAUUCCGAAGAGAAAACUCCACCGACAACGGAACCAACGUCCGCUGAACACGGAGGGAAAUCAUCAGAGAAUACACCCAAAGCAUCUGCUCAGAACAACCUACAACAAGUAGAAACCAAAUCGGCGGAACACGGAGGAAAAUCAGCAGAGAACAAAGCUCAAUCAUCCGGUGAGCAGCAUCAAGGAUCCGUCGAAGCCAAAUCAGCUGAACAUGGAGGAAAAUCAGCAGAGAGCAAAGGCCAAUCAUCCCGUGAGAAGCAUCAAGGAUCCGCAGAAGCGAAAUCCGCUGAACAUGGAGGAAAAUCAGCAGAGAACAAAGCCCAACCAUCCGGUGAGAAGCAUCAAGGAUCUGUAGAAGGCAAAUCAGCUGAACACGGAGGAAAAUCAGUAGAGAACAAAGGCCAGUCAUCCGGUGAGAAGCAUCAAGGAUCUGUAGAAGGCAAAUCAGCUGAAAAUGAAGAAAAAUCCGCAGAAGGCAAAUCAGCUGAACAUGUAGGAAAAUCAGCAGACAACAAAGCUCAAUCAUCCGGUGAGAAGCAUCAAGGAUCCGUCGAAGCCAAAUCAGC